AUGACAGACGUCAACGCGAUGAUUUCGAAAGUUCUGGGACGCUUACCUACGAAGGUCUUGCGAAGGGCUCUGCCAGUAUACAUCACUUGCGUAUUUCUGGUCCUCUUUCUUUGGAAUCUGGACUCUUUCGGAUCUGCUGAAUCUUCAGAGUCUUCAGAUGUUGGCAGCAUGCUGAAGCGUGAAUUGUCUCACUUCACAACACGCAAAGCAAUAGACCACAUCCCAAGGAAAAUCUGGCAGACCUGGAAGAUAGAUCCUCUGGGUUUCGAAGAGAGAGACUUAACGGUUGCCAGGACUUGGACGCAGAAGAACCCGGGCCACAGGUACGAGGUUCUGACAGACAACAAUGAUUUGUACUAUGUCGAAACACACUUCGGUCCUACUGGUUUCAAUCGACCCGAUAUUGUAUACAUGUAUCGUUCACUCACGCUGAAGAUUAUCAAAGCGGACCUGUUGCGAUAUUUGAUCAUGUAUGUUGAAGGAGGAUUAUAUGCCGACAUCGAUGUGGAAGCGCUCCGUCCAAUUGACCGCUAUAUUCCCGACCGGUACCAUGAAAGGGAUAUUGACAUGGUUAUCGGGGUCGAGAUCGAUCAGCCAGAGUUCAAGAAUCAUCCUGUACUAGGUAAAAAGUCGGAAUCAUUUUGUCAGUGGACAUUCAUGUGCAAACCUGGACUUCCUGUCAUGUUGAGACUUAUUGAUGGUAUCGUCAAGUGGCUGAACGAAGUUUCAAAGAAACAGAAAGUGCCAGUAUCGGAGAUCGUCCUCGACUUUGACGAGGUAAUAAGCGGGACUGGGCCUUCAGCUUUCACCGGCGCAGUUUUGGCAGAAAUGAGCGAGAAAGCCGGGAGAAGUGUGACGUGGAAAGACUUCCACAACCUGAGCGAAUCGAAACUUCUUGGCGGUGUCUUAGUUCUCACUGUCGAGGCUUUUGCGGCAGGUCAAGGCCACUCGGACUCUGGAAACCACAACGCAAGGACGGCCCUCGUCAAGCAUCGUUAUCAUGCUUCUGGAUGGCCGACUACUCAUCAUCGAUACAAGCACCCAGUAUUCGGCGAGGUGGAAAAGUGCAACUGGGACCCCGAGUGUGUCAAAAUCUGGGAUUACAGCAUGGCAGCUUUUGAGCAGCUUUCUCCAGAGGAGCAAGCCAAGCAGACGAAAGACAAGGAGAUGGCUGAUGCUGCGGAAGCCGAGAAAGAGGAACAGCUAAAAAAAAUUGGGGAUAUGGAGAAGCUAGCUGAAGCCGAGAAAGCCGACAACUUGGAGAAACUCGGUCAAUGGGAAAGAGAGCAAGCCAGGUUGAAAGCAGAAGAAAUUUCGAAGAAGCCAGAGGGGGAAAAGCAAGGGAAAGGAGAAGCAAAGGAGACAGAUGGAGGUGAAGAAGCCAACACGGAGGCCGGAGGGGAAGCGGGUGCGGAGAAGAAAGAGGAGGAAGCCACCACGAAGAAAGAGAAAGAAGCUACAGGUGCUGGCUCUGCUGAGAAGGAGGUGGUAGUGGCUCCCGAACAACAGCCAAUGCAAGUGGUGUGA